CAGUGCACGGAGCAAGCCCCUCCGUCUGUAGGAACCUGACAGAUAUGUGCACCGAGAGAUGAUAUGGCAGAAUCGCGUGCAAAUGUUACAACGAGGCAAUAGGGCAAGCAGGAAAUUGGAGUAAAGCUGAUACAUAAGGCUUUGCUACCCAGCAGCUUGUGUGUGUAUGUGUGUGUGUGAGCGUGUGUGUGUGUGUGUGUGUGCUCGAAGUGCCUAUGGCGGAGUUUGGGGAGGACGGCAGCCUGCCUCCAUUGAAUCUUGGGGAUACGGCCGUGCUCAACGACGAAGCAGCUGGCAAGACGCAUUGCGAAGUGUCCGUUUUGAAUGGAGACUGUGGGAUAUCAGACAAUAUGGUCGGCUCAGGAUCCUUCGUCGCACCUGGCAGCCAAGCCGGGGAAACCGCCAACACCUCUGUCGGAUUGGAUGCCAAAUCUGAAAUACCACGCAGGAGCAGCAUUAUCAAGGAUGGCUCAAGACCGCGUAAAGAAAGAAAGAAGACUGUAUCAUUCAGCAGCAUGCCCACAGAGAAGAAGAUUUGCAGUGCAAGCGACUGCAUCAAUGCAAUGGUGGAUGGCUCUGAGCUAAAGAAAGUGCGAUCCAAUUCUCGCGUCUACCACCGCUACUUCCUCCUUGAUGCCGACAUGCAGUCUUUGAGAUGGGAGCCCUCGAAGAAGGAAUCAGAAAAGGCCAAAAUUGAUGUUAAAUCCAUCAAGGAGGUGCGGACAGGGAAAAACACAGACACUUUUAGAACUAAUGGAACCUAUGAUCAGAUAUCAGAGGACUGUGCCUUCUCAAUCAUCUUUGGGGAGAACUAUGAGUCCCUGGACUUGGUGGCAAACACUGCAGAUGUAGCAAACAUUUGGGUUACAGGGUUGAGGUACCUGAUCUCCUAUGGGAAACAUACCUUGAAUAUGAUCGAGAGCAGUCAGAACAACAUGCGCUCGUCUUGGCUGGGUGAUCUUUUUGACGAGGCAGGCAGUAACAACAGCAAACACAUAACGAUAUGUGCUGCUGUGCAGCUAGUCAAAAAGUUAAACCCAGGACUUAAAAAUGUGAAAGUAGAACUGAAGUUCAAGGAGCUUCACAAAGCUAAGGACAAAGCGGGUUCUGAUGUGACAAAAGAUGAGUUCAUUGAGGUCUUUCAUGAUCUUUGCACCAGACCAGAAAUUUAUUUUCUCUUUGUUCAGUUCUCCAGCAACAAAGAAUUUCUGAAUACCAAGGACUUAAUGAUAUUUCUGGAGGCAGAGCAGGGUAUGGCACAAGUCAGUGAAGACACCAGCUUAGAGGUCAUUCAGGAAUAUGAACCGUCUAAAGAGGGCCACCUUAAGGGUUGGCUUUCGCUUGAUGGGUUCACCAACUAUCUUAUGUCUGCAGAGUGCAAUAUAUUUGACCCUGAACAAAGAACAGUAUGCCAAGACAUGACUCAGCCCGUGUCCCACUAUUACAUCAAUGCAUCCCACAACACAUAUCUGAUUGAAGAUCAGUUCAGAGGUCCUUCUGAUGUGACCGGGUAUAUCCGCGCCCUAAAGAUGGGCUGCCGCAGUGUAGAGCUGGAUGUGUGGGAUGGGCCUGAUAAUGAACCUGUUAUUUACACUGGUCACACGAUGACAUCACAAAUAGUGUUUCGCAGCGUCAUUGACGUUGUCAACAAGUAUGCCUUUGUUGCAUCCGAGUUUCCACUGCUACUGUGUUUAGAAAACCAUUGCUCAUUAAAGCAGCAGAGAGUCAUGUUUCAGCACCUCAAGAAGAUCCUUGGAGACAAGAUCCACAUAGAUCCUCCAAAACCCGAGGACUGUUACCUUCCCUCUCCCUUAGAACUGAAGGGAAAGAUCCUGCUGAAGGGCAAGAAACUGAGCACAAACUGCACUGCUUCAGAAGGUGAGGUGACAGACGAGGACGAGGGGGCAGAGAUGUCUCAAAGGAUAAGCAUUGAGUCUGCGGAACAACAGACUAUCGCACCCAAACAAUUCCAGCUGUCAAAGGACCUCUCUGAUCUGGUGACUCUGUGUAAGUCUGUGGAGUUCAAAGACUUUCCAACAUCUUUCCAGAAUCAGAAGCAAUGGGAGCUUUGCUCUUUCAAUGAGGUCUUUGCCAGUCGCUGCGCCAGUGACUUCCCAGGUGACUUUGUAAACUACAACAAGAAGUACCUUGCACGAGUUUACCCUAGCCCCAUGCGAAUUGACUCCAGCAACAUGAAUCCACAAGAUUUCUGGAAGUGUGGUUGCCAGAUCGUGGCAAUGAACUACCAGACUCCUGGCCUGAUGAUGGAUUUAAACAUUGGCUGGUUCCGUCAGAAUGGGAACUGCGGAUAUGUGCUGCGUCCAGCCAUCAUGAGGGAGCAUGUUUCAUAUUUUAGUGCCAACACUAAAGAUUCAGUGCCUGGUGUUUCUCCACAGCUCUUGCACAUCAAGAUCAUCAGUGGACAAAACUUCCCUAAACCCAAAGGCUCAGGCGCCAAAGGAGACGUAGUAGACCCCUAUGUGUACGUGGAAAUACACGGCAUUCCUGCUGACUGCGCUGAACAAAGGACUAAAACGGUCAAUCAGAAUGGGGACAACCCUCUGUUUGAUGAGAGCUUUGAGUUUCAGAUAAAUCUCCCUGAGCUUGCAAUGGUGCGCUUUGUGGUGCUAGACGACGACUAUAUCGGUGAUGAAUUUAUCGGCCAAUAUACCAUCCCCUUUGAGUGUCUCCAGCCAGGUUUUCGCCAUGUACCGCUACAAACUCUGACAGGAGAGGUUCUGCAACAUACCUUGUUGUUUGUUCAUGUGGCCAUUACCAAUCGAAGAGGAGGCGGCAAACCAUAUAAAAGAGGACUGUCUGUACGAAAGGGCAAGAGGAGUAGAGAGUACGCCAGCAUGAGAGUGCUAUUGAUCAAGGCUCUGGAUGAUGUCUUCAAAACAGUCAUGCUGCCUCUGAGGGAGGCAACAGAUCUCAGAGAAAACAUGCAGAAUGCCAUUGUGUCCUUUAAGGAGCUGUGCGGCCUUUCAGCAGUCGCUAACCUGAAGCAAUGCAUCUUGGCCCUUUCUCCUCGACUCACUGGAAUUGACAACAGCCCCCUUCUGGUGUUUAACCUCACUGACCAGUACCCUAAUUUGGAGCCCCAAGGCCUGCUCCCAGAGGUCCUCAAGAAAGUCAUCACCACCUAUGACAUGGUGAUCCAGACCAGCAAGACUCUGCUAGAGAAUUUUGACGGGGUGUAUGAGAGAAUUCUACAAACCCAAAAAGCAGCCAUGGAAUUUCACGAGAACCUCCACGACUUGGCCGUGAAGGAGGGGUUGAAGGGCAGGAAGCUGCACAAGGCGGUGGAGAGCUUCACGUGGAACAUCACCGUACUGAAGGGUCAGGCAGACCUGCUGAAGCACGCCAGGAGUGAAGUCCAGGAGAACCUCAGGCAGAUCCACUACUCUGCGCUCACCUGUAACCUGAGUAAAGGCGGACCAGCCGGCGGCUCCGAGUCCAAGAGUAGCCGCAGCCUCGAGGCCAUUCCUGAGAAGGCCACCGCAGAGGAGGAGCUCACUGAUGAGGACAAUUAAAGACCCGCACUCCUCUUCACUCCUGGCAUUCAGACUCUUACUCUGUUCCUGCCUCCUGAGCUCAAAAACCCAAAGCUCUAGCUCUCUCUCUCUCUCUCUCUCUCCGUCACCACUCUGCGGCAUCAUCGCUCUGCACACACACACACACACACACCCGUGUUUUUUCCACAUUCCAUCGUGUACAUUCCUGUAUCCCAAGCACAGAUGUAACCUCUCAAGACUUCUGCCUUGUGAUCAUCAAUAAAAUGCCACAACUAUUCCAGGACACGUAUCCAUCCAGAGUUCAAAUGACAAAAUGCUCGUGUUUAUCAAAGUGUCAGAUAUAAAUCCCAGAAACAUCUUCAUCUACAGUCCUGAUGCUUUAGUUUGUUGUCCACUCUCAUCCCUCUGACCCCGGGGUGAGCCGGGAGAGCCAAGUGAACUACCAGCCACGUAACCGUUUAAGACAUUGACCUUCUACUCAGUGGACCGUGGCGUUACCCCGAGGAGCCAACAACAAAAGAAAAAGAGCCCUUGGGGAUUAUUGUAGGAGAUUUCUUAAAGCACAAUUUUUUGGGGAAAUAUGAAUGUAACUGGACAGAGUGAGGCGAAAGUAGUAAAGGAAAAAAUAAAGUGGACAAACACGUCAUGAGCGAGAGUAAAGAGCUGUUUACAAUCCUGAACCGGUCCAUGUUCACGUCUGCCAAAAUAGUAAGAUAUACUAUGUGUAUAUAUGGAGUUUCCUGUUCCCUUUUUUUCUGCAGAGUGCAUCAUUUUAUUAUUGUAUACUUUGGAAAUAUAAGAUUUAUUUUAUAAAAGAUAUAUAUAUAUGAACAUGUCUGUGGAAAAACGAGAAGUUUUAUUCGUCUGUAGAUAACGAGGCUUGUACGAAGAAGAGUUUUUCCCGGCGGAGAGCUUCUGCCACGUGUUGGUGCAAACAGCAACGUUUCAACAACCGCAACCAGCAACUGCAUGAGAAGGAACCACGACUGGGUGGUGAUAACAUGUACUCAAAAACAGUUUGGACGCUGACACAUUUUCAUAUUACAGCCUUUCAUCUGGGAAUAUGUUUGGCCUUUUAUUUUUGAGGCAUGGUCCUCCCAUUUCAUGAGCAAAAUCGACUUUCUGCUCUGAGUGGGCGAAUUUACAAAAAGGAUUGCGCGGCUUCUGCAGCCCAUUAAAUCUGCGCUGCCAAGCAAAUAGCUUUUUUUUCGGGGGCUCCUGUGCUAUUUGUACGUGUUUUUAAAUUAAGUCAUAUUCAUACAUUUGGCACAAAAUUGUCCACCUUCUAUGCAAAAAAGAGAGCAAUUCACAAAGGUCAGCGCUUAUAGCCACACGCGGUUAAAGUGAAUUUUGUUUGCAUCCUCAGAGAGUUGGUGUUAACUGGAGCGCAUUGAGGUCAUAAGAGGCGUCGCGCCCAGACCAUCCAGGAAGUGAUGGUAGCCAGGCGAAGGCAUCAUCAUCAUGCUCUGCUCAGACUCACUUAUUUUGGGAAGCAGUAAAAAAAAAAAUGCAAUGACAGUUGUGUCAUGAAAAAUAAAUGAAUAGAGAUCCCUCAACGUGUCAUUUUUGAAAAUACAUGAAAAAGAAAAAUAAGGUUAUUAUAUAAAGCACAUCAUUUCUCUGGCAGGCAAAUUGCUGCAAAACUUUAUGGCCGUCUAAGUGCUGUAGUGUUUGCACUGUAAUAGCAAUAUCCUUUGUGAAUCUGACCUUAAGCCGGAGAACACAGACGGUGCAAGUGAUGCAAAAUUCAUGGUGCCGUCAGCAGCCGCAGUCCUUUUUCUUUUGUAAAUUCGCCAACGUAAAAACUAAUUUCAGUUACUUUUAGAAGUCUGCAACCCAUAAAAGGUGCCAGAUGUUUUCUUUUUGUUUCACUCACCAAUCCUGUUAUCUAAAACAACCCCAAUGACAAAUCAGCUACGGCUGCUUUAAAAACUCAUCCCCUUGUUUACUUGUACUCUUUUGGUUCAGUUAUUGCACUGAGCAGAAUGACAAAUGCGUUUCACAGGAAACUUAGCGUGAUGUGUUUGCAUAGGUCAUGUACAAAAAAAAAGACUGUGGUUUCACUUUAAACAUUGUGCAGUUUAAGCUAUCGAAGUUCAAAAGAAAAAGGUUCCCCUGUCCAAAGUUCGCGGGCUUUGCUGCGUCUCAUCGUGCGGUUAAGUGCGGCUCAUCGGCUUACGGUGUUUUUUUUUGUCUGCGCGGCACAUUUCAGACAGCUCAAACAAAUCAAACCAGUUGCAACACCUUGUAAAGAAUUUAAACUCAGGUCCGUUAAGAUGGUUGAGAAAGAAAUGAAACUUCAGAGUAAUAAUAGCUUCACAACCGUUCCUGCUGACAGUAUCUGAUACACAGUAACCCUGGGAUUUAAUUACUGCUUACUAACACUGCAUCAGGAAGUGAAAAAUAAAUCUGCCUUUUUAAACGCCUUUGCCCCACAUGUUGCUUCAUUAGUGCUUUUGCAUGCUAUUCAUUUAACAGUCCAUAUUUCUGUCUUUUGUUUCAAAUCUCAUACAAGAAAGUUCUACUUACUUUUGAUUGAUUGGACAAAUUAAGCUUAAAAAUGAUUAGUAUACGACAUGUUGGCCAUUUUAACAUAAUCUACAUUCAGCUGCCAGUGUAUGAGGUACAGCGGGUCCAAAACAACAGCCCUGCAAUAAACGUUACCUUCAGGAGACGUGUGAGUUUCUGUUUUUGUCGAAACUGCUUCGAGGAGAUGUUGAUUCAAUGUAUGCUCAUUCGGAAGCCGUCAUGUGUCGCGAUGUUGAAUAAUUGCAUUAUACUAAGAAGUAUUUCCAAUAUUUUGUCCGUGUUAAUAUUAAUGAGGGUAGGCUGAAUAUUAGAAACACUUCAUUUAUAACCUGAGACAAUUCAACCUGCCUAGAUGUGCCUCAUAAACUGGCAACUGAAAGGAUGUGGCCUAGGGCUCGAAGAUUUGAGAAAAAUAUCAAAUUGACAUUUUUGGAGAUUUAAACUGCAAUUACUUUCUGUAAAUUAAACUACAUGCGUUUAUUUUUACUCUACGAAGUAUUGAUUCAUUGAUUGUUGACAGCCGUGCACCGUAGCCGUUAAAAAACUAGUUUUUAAAGUGAUACGCUUUCAUAGAUUGUUUCGUUAUAAUGUAAAGUUCCAUCUCUUGCAAUCUGAAAAUGAUCCAGCCCUAUAAAGAAGCCCAAAAGAAAAACAUGGCAGCAGACCCUCAGUUAAAGGCCUACUUUAAGUGUGUUCACAUUAGCCUUACAAAAGUCAUUUGGAAUAACUGGCUGAGCGUUGCCUUAAAAGUAUUUCCAUAGAUUUUUGGGGGCAAGACUUUAGUCGACAUAUUGAUCACCAGCAAGGAAUCAAUGGCUUGAAUUCCCUUGGGAAUUUCCAAACAUAGAAUAAUUGUUAUUCUCUUGACACGAGAGCAUUUGGACUGUUAAAUGAAGAACAUUUAUUUUGUUAUUGUUCAUCUGCAGCUCUAUUAUCCCCACCCUCAGUACUCAGAAUGUUGUGCUCUUUGGUUGUAAACACUGUCCACACUCCUCACACGACCCAUGACGAGAUGAAAAGAAAUGUUGUCUCUGAAUUUCAGUGCUGUGCCAGUCGGCGUAUUUCUAAAUGUUGAUGAGAAGGAUGAAAAAAAAGAAGCAUUUCAAGUGUACUCCGGUCUCAUGUCUUCAUCUAUCAAGUCAAGAAAAACCCUCUGAAUAAACAACGUUGGAUAGA